GCAUUUGCCAGCUGUCAAUAGCUACUAACCACACUGCUCGCUCCUGGCUGCUCCUCGCAACAAGAAAGAGAAUUGGUCACACACAUAAAAAAAACAAUGACGGAGGCUCGAAAGAAUGUUUUCACCAGGAGAAUGCUCUUGCCCUGCUUAGUGCUGGCCCUAGCUGCCUUUGGCUAUGUUCCCUCCAGCCAAGCGCCAAUGAUUCCUUCUUGCCCAGCUCGGUGCCACUGUGAAGAGGAUGGCAUUCUGCUGUGGGUCGAUUGCUCAGAGCUCGGGUUUACAGCAUUGCCGGAAGACUUGAGCCCGUUGACGUCCUACCUUGACUUGAGCAUGAACAAUAUUAAUGAACUACAGCUGAAUGCUUUUGGAGAUCUUCAUUUCUUGGAAGAACUACGGCUCUCUGGAAAUCACCUUGCACAGAUCCCCAUGCAUGCUUUUGCUGGCCUCUACAAUCUGAAAGUCCUAAUGCUACAAAAUAACCAGCUGAAGAGACUCCCAAGUGAGGCAUUAUGGGACCUUCCCAACCUCCAAUCGCUACGUCUGGAUGCAAAUCUGAUUUCAGACAUUCCUCAGAACAGCUUUGAAGGAUUGCACUCCCUGAGGCAUCUUUGGCUUGAUGAUAAUGCAUUGACUCAUAUUCCUGUUCGAGCUCUCAACAACUUGCCAUCCCUCCAGGCAAUGACUCUAGCUCUCAACAAAAUCGCACAUAUCCCUGAUUAUGCAUUUGUCAACCUAUCCAGCCUGGUGGUAUUACAUCUCCAUAACAACAAUAUUCAGUCUCUUGGAAGGAAUUGCUUUGACGGACUCCACAGUUUGGAAACACUAGACUUGAAUUAUAAUGACCUGGCUGAAUUUCCUGUAGCUAUCAGAACUCUAAGCAAGCUUCAAGAGCUGGGUUUCCAUAACAACAAUAUCAAAGCAAUUCCAGAAAAGGCUUUUGUUGGAAAUCCCCUUCUUCAAACAAUUCAUUUUUAUGAUAAUCCGAUCCAGUUUGUGGGGAAAUCAGCCUUUCAGUAUCUGCCAAAGCUUCACACCUUGUCACUAAAUGGAGCAAUUGAAAUAAAGGAAUUCCCGGACCUUAAAGGAACAACUAGCCUGGAAAUACUGACCCUAACUCAAGCUGGAAUAACCUCCCUUCCCAGGGGUCUCUGCCAACAGCUCCCAAAUCUACGAGUACUGGAAUUAUCAUACAAUCAAAUUCAUGUGCUGCCAAGUUUCCACAACUGUCAGAAGCUUGAAGAAAUUGGCCUACAGCAUAAUAGAAUCACUGAAAUCAGAGCUGACACGUUUCAACAGCUAAUGGCUCUGCGAUCUCUAGACCUGAGUUGGAACAAUAUCGACUUUAUUCAUCUUGAUGCCUUUGCUUCAUUACGUUCUUUAAGAAAGUUGGAUCUGACCUUCAACCAACUUUCUUCUCUCCCUUUGAGUGGCCUGAGUGGAUUGACACAUCUAAAGCUCAAAGGAAAUCUGGCAUUAUCAGAAUCCUAUUCAGAAGAGAGCUUUCCUAAGCUAAGAGUAUUAGAAAUGCCAUAUGCUUAUCAGUGUUGUGCAUAUGGAUCCUGUAAAAACAAUUACAAGCAGUCUAACCUUUGGGAUGCAGAGACUACUCUCAGUGAUGAUGAAGAUGUCCAGAAAAGAACUAUGGGAGUUUUUCCUGUCCCACCAGACAGCAACUUUUACCUGGAUAUGGAUGACUUCCAGUUAGAUGUGGAUGACUCUAAACUACAUCCCAGUAUUCAAUGCACACCUGUUCCAGGUCCAUUUAAUCCAUGUGAAUAUCUUUUCGAAAGCUGGAUAAUACGCCUUGGAGUUUGGGGCAUAGUUCUUAUCUCUGUGAUAUGCAAUGGACUAGUCAUCGCAACUAUAUUUGCAUCAUCCAGCUAUCUAUCUCCAGUGAAGUUUGUGAUUGGUCUGAUAGCAGGAGCCAAUAUGUUGACAGGGUUGUACAGUGGCACCUUAGCAAUUGUUGAUGCAAUGACUUUUGGGCAAUUUGCAAAGCAUGGUGUAAAGUGGGAAACUGGCUUGGGCUGCAGAAUAACUGGAUUUGUGUCCGUAUUUUCCUCAGAAGCAUCCAUACUGUUCCUGACUCUUGCUGCUGUCCAGUGCAGCAUUUCUGUGUCUUGUGUCCGUGCUUAUGGAAAGUCACCAUCUUUCAGUAGUGUGAAAAUUGCUGCUUUUUGCUGCAUGGUACUAUCAUUUAGUGCAGCUGCACUGCCUCUGUUCUCAGUUGGAGAAUUUGGGACUUCACCUCUUUGCCUCCCGUCACCUAUUCCUGAUGGAAAACCUUCCACUCUCGGUUUCAUGGUGGCUCUAAUCAUGAUGAAUAUCCUUUGCUUCCUUGUUAUAACUGGGACAUACACCAAACUUUACUGUGACCUAAUGAAAGGUGAAUUUGACAGUAUCUGGGAUUGUGCCAUGAUUAAGCAUGUAGCUUGGCUAAUCUUCACCAACUGUAUCCUAUAUUGUCCUGUGGCCUUUCUCACAUUUUCUUCCCUGCUUAACCUUUUCUUAAUCAGUCCAGAAGUAAUUAAAUCAAUUCUGCUGCUGGUCCUCCCACUGCCUGCUUGUUUAAACCCUUUGCUUUAUCUGUUAUUCAACCCACAUUUCAAAGAGGAUCUUCGCAUUCUCCGUGAGUAUAAAUGGCAGAAAAGGUGCCGAUCAAAACAAGGCAGCAUAGAUUCCCUCACUUCAGAAGACAUGGACAAGCAGUCAUGUGAUUCCACCCUAGCACUGAUGACCUUUGCGGAUAAUGAAAUCAUUCUUGAUUCAACUGAUGGCCUUGGAGUUCUAUCAAGUCAUCGUAAGAUGAUGGAGGCCUAUCCAUUUCCUCCUGUAACUCUAAUUCCAUGCCAACAGAGGAAAGGCAAUGGUAAAGAAGAGAGCUACUCAACACGACAGUCUUUCCUCACUGAUGAGGAGCUCUUGAUCACUUCAGAGAAAACGGAGCAAGCUCACAACAACAUUCAGAUCAGCUUUUAUCCAACCAAAGGACCUUCCUUCACAUCUCAUGUAUAAAUAUCUGAACUAAGUAAUCCCAAGAGAGGCACAACUCCCUGGGAAUUACACAAUGAAACAAAGAACUGGAUGAGUUAACAUCGAACAGCUAAAUGGGAUUAAAAUAUUGGCACCAUC